AUGGCAAGAAGAAAGUUAGUGAGAGACGUGCGUCAUGAAAUUGAAAGUAUAAUUGACGAUGAUUUUUAUCUUGAAUUUUCCAAUAAUUUUUUCGACGAGGAAACGGUUGUUUUGAAAAUGUAUCUAGCAGAGACUCUGGUGGUGAUAUAAUUCCAGUAACGAAACGUGUGAGACCAUUAGAUAUUUCGAGUGACAGCGAAAUAAAAAAAAAUUAUGGAAAUGAGAAUACUGCUAUAAAUGAAUUUAUAAAAAUGAACUUUUCCACGGGCUCUAAGAUUGUUGGACCUAAUAUUCCUUUAUAUUGUACAGAACCCAUCGAUUUUUUCAAACUAUUUUUCAUAGAUGCAUUGCUUGACAAAAAUAAUUGGGUUGAUGUGACAAAAGAUAAGUUGACUAUGUUUUUUGGCGUAAUCUUGAAGAUUAUGCCCAUUGCUAAUUUGACGGAUUAUUGUACUAAACAGCACGUUGGAAGCAUAUCCUUUUUCAGAGAUAUAUUUGCAUUAUGUUACUAG